CACGAGAGGGAGAGGGAGGGAGAGGAUGGCUUAUGGCGAGGAGGAAGGGGAGGGCGGGAACGCGUCAGAGAGGACGGCGUUCAGAGUUGCAGAGAAGAAGUACAAGCUCUACAAGGACCCUCAACCCAAACCCAGGAAGAAGCAGCAGUGCCGUCCCCACCACCCGCCCGUCGAUCUCUCGCAAGUCACGGACUUCAGGUCCGUCCUCGAUUCCUUCUCGUGCAAUGGAGUCCUGCCGCCAGGAAUUCGAAAGUUCCCGGAUGAUUCCGGUCUCUCUGUCUUCACCUUCGAUGAUCGCCCUGGUUUUUAUUUUAUCCUGGAUGCACUGAGUAUAGAGGAACAACAUCACUUGGUGAGGGAGAGCUUAACCCAAUUUCCUCAACCGCCGAACAGAACUAAUCAUAAUGCAAUCUACGGUCCAAUUUACAAUUUAUUUGAUGCACACAAAGAAGGAAAGGUCUUGGUUGAAUUAUGUAGUCCCAAUACAAAAGCAAUUGAUGCUGGAUCAUGCUUGGAUUCAAUAGAUUCAAAUGCUUGUAGAUGGGUGUUUGUAGAGGAAGGCCAUUGCACAAGCAAGGGGAGUCCACAUAAAAAACUUCCAGCAUCUAUGCUAUUGAGGAAGUUGCGGUGGAGUACUUUGGGAUUGCAAUUUGACUGGUCCAAGCGUAGCUAUGAUGUUUCUCUUCCACAUGGCACUAUUCCGGACAUGCUAGCUGAAAUUGCCAAGAGACUGGCUAGAUUAGCCACGCCAGAGGAUGAAUUCCAUCCAGAAGCUGCAAUUGUUAAUUAUUAUGGUCCUGAUGAUACCCUUGGUGGUCAUGUUGAUGACAUGGAAGCAGAUUGGAGUAAGCCCAUUGUAAGCAUCAGUCUUGGAUGCAAAGCUGUUUUCUUGCUGGGUGGGAACCACAGGGAUCACCCUCCAAUUGCAAUGUUCGUGCGGACUGGUGAUGUUGUUCUUAUGGCUGGGGCAGCAAGGGAAUGCUUUCAUGGAGUACCACGGAUCUUCACAGAUGAAGAAAAUGCAGACGUUUCUGCUCUUGCUCAACAAUUUCCUAGUGCAGAUGAGUUCUAUUUCAAGAAUUAUAUCCAAACAUCAAGGAUCAACAUCAAUGUUAGACAAGUUUUCUGAUUCUACCGUCACGAGAAUACAAGAUCUUGGACCUCUGAAAUCUAUGAUCUCAAAACCAACUAAUCCUUUCUGCUUGGUCAUCAAAGUUAUUGUUUCAUCGUCAGCGCUUUUCAGGAGAAGCUGCUUUAUUCAUUGUUUCUGAUUGCUUGGGUACAGUUCUUGAACAAUGAACAGAAAGACUUAAAAAGGCUCAUGUCUUCCGUUGCCAUCAUCAGUGCCUUGAUUCAGGAAGGAAGACCUGUCCAUGGAUCAUAGCAGAAUUUUCAGAACCUCUAGACAACAUGAUGUGACAUUGAAACAGAUAAAGAAAAAUAAGACCGUAAUGUCCAGUUGCACACUGUUUAAAAUUUAAAGUACAUAUGAUGAUUA